CGGCUCACUUUGCUGCGGUGCUGGCUCGCUUCGUCCACUCCGAGACUCAAAGUGCGCAAAGAGGAGGAAGAUGUGCGACGUGCAGCUGCUGCGGGAGUCGGUACAUGAGCGGAUCAGCGCCGCCGCCGAAGACUUCCUGCUGCAGCUGGAGAAAGGAGGAGAAACGGCUCGAGUCCCGGAGCUGAGAGCGAUGCUAACCGAGCGGCUAACGGCGGCGGCGGAGGAGAUCGUCGCGGUGUUCGAAGACAGAAUGGAGCGGUCCGAGCGGGAGAUCUGCCGCCAGAGGAGGCUGCUGGAGGCCGUGAUGAAGCCCGAACUCCGGCUGCACCGAGUUGUGUGUCCUGCAGACGUACAGCAGCUGAUGGUGAAGAAAGAAGAGGUUCCCCCUGAGGAGCAGCAGUGGAGCCUCCUUGUGGACCAGGAGGACCAAAAGCCCCCCCACAUUAAAGAGGAACAGGAGGAACCGUGGACCAAUCAGGAGGGAGAGCAGCUUCAACAACUUGAGGAGGCUGAUAUCAAGUUCACAUGGACUGCUGUCACUAUAAAGAGUGAAGAAGAUGAAGAGAAACCUGAGUUGUCACAGCUUCAUCAGAGUCAGACUGAGGAGAACAGAGCGGACUGUGGAGAACAAGAACCAGCCAGGAACUCAGGUCCUGAUGGACAUUUACAACAAGCUGAAUACCCACUGACUUGCACUGGCACUGCUACUAAAUGCAAAACUGCGAGAGGCUCCCAGGUUCUGGAAAGAAAAGCACUUGUUAAAACAGAUGUAAAGGAUCUGUUCAGUGUUAAGUGGAUUUCUAGCAAGAAGGCGACAAAAUUUGUCUUUCAAACCGACUCCUUCAUCAAAUGAAAGAAGCAGACGCUGUCUGUUCUUAUAUCGAGGCUGCAGUGCUGAAAGCUACAUGCUCGUAUAAUCUGUCUUCAAGUGCAGGACAAGGGGAACGCGUCCUGCCGGUCUCUUGUGCUUUCAGAAACAGAUCAUAUAUACUGCACGUCUAAGAAGCUCUAAUCCUGAGUCCUGGCUCGGUCCUGAACGCUCCGUAAAUCCUGCUGAGCUGAAAAAAUGCAUUUAAAUCAGCUUAGUUUAUAGUGAAGCCAUAUACAUUAGUUACAUUGAGAAAAGUCUUAGAAAAAGAGCAAAAACACGGGCAACAUCUGAAUUAAAUGAGAUUUAAAUGUGACCAGCAUGGAGACGGAGAACAGCCGUGAUGAAGUCACUGAAUAAAAUAUGAGAAACGCAAUGUUUAACACAGCUUCUGGACGAUUGUCUGUCUCCAGUCAGUCAACUGAGCCUCUCACUGAAAACAACACAAAGGUUAAUAAGUUAAACAAACUCCACAAACUGAAGCUCCUCAAAGGUCAAAGAGCACUGAAUAUUUAGACGCAUGCUGAUAAUAAGCUCAGUAUUACCUUGAUUUUCGCUCAGUUUUUGGUCUCCACCACCUCCUGAGGGAAAAAUCUGGUUAUUUAGUAGUUCAAACUAACUAUGAAAAAACUGACCAAGCUGACAUCUCAUCCAGUUAUGAUUGUUAAUAAAGAUGGACGGCGCCUGUCCACUUCCUCCCGCUGUAUAAAAAUGAGGUGAAAAUAUUCCGUGCUAGGUGACGUGUGUGAGCUACACAGCAGCCACCAGGGGGCCACUGAAAUGUGGUUUCACUUUUGGGAAAUUGUCAUGUUAUCCAUUUUUAUGAACAGUUGUACGUUACGUCACGACAUGUUACGUUACUUUGCGUUUAUUAAGGUUAGUUUG